CACCUCCUUACUGACAGCAAGCAAGAGCAGCUUGUAUAUACUUUGAACUUGUAUAUACUGGUAACGCGUGACAUUAUAUACACGGCAAGUUUGUAUAGAAACCCAGGGGUAACACACAGAGUUUGUAACUUUUCACAUGCGUGGCAUAAACAUAGCCAAAGUACUUGAAUGUACUAUAUAUAUAGUCUCAUAGAGACACAAAAACACACAAAAAUAGAUUAAGAAAUUCACUAGUCUUUAGGCAUAAAGCCACACCUACUUUACCUGUUCUUAUAUGUUUAUCAACAAACACUUAACAUACAUAUUUCUAUACUUAUUCACUUGCUGAUGUUCCACACGAGGAUAUGGGGUCGGAAGAAGAACUACUGAAAAUUGGAAGAAAGCUGGAGAAGAGAGUAAAUGGAGGCAGUACGGUGAGAUGAUAAGAACCUGUGGGAGUCUGUUUUUUUUUGGGGGGGAGGGGCAAAAUUACCAGGUGGUAGCCAUGAUAAGCAGAGGGGCAUUUAAAAUUACGGUUGUGCAAUGAAAGUAAGAAAGCAUCUAGAUGGCUAGAGGGGGGGGCGGGGGGUGAAUAGAUAGUGAGGGUUAAGAAAUGAAUGCUGUAAAGAAUGUAUGUAAAGGAAAAUGAUCAGGAAAGAAUUAGUGAGAAGUGUCAAAGAAAUAGUUGAAGAAUAUAAAGAAGCAGUGGAGAAAAUUCACUCGCUUUUUUCCCCUAAGGACCAUAUUUUGGAUCUACUAAAGGAACUACAGAGAUUUCAGAUGACUGUUCCUCUUUUGCGGGUAAGAGCAACUUCUUCCAUGAUGUAUUUUAAUUAACAGAUAGAUGUAAGAGGACAAUUGUUUGUGUGAAAUGUAACUAAACUGCCCAACGACUCUCUACUUACAGCGCACUAGGAUUGGCGUGACUGUGAACAAGCUGAAAAAGAGGAAUGAUGAGCAGGAAAUUGGAGAUCUUGCCAAAAACAUCAUCAAGGCCUGGAAGAAACUGCUCGGUGAGUCCAAUUUAGAUUGAUGUGAGAAGUGUUAAGGAAGAAGAAAAUGUUAGCUUUUAAGAUCUGAAAACAAAAGUAAAAAUCUGGCUUAAGCCCUAAAUAGUAACAACUAUCCUAGAAAAAGUUAAAUGUUUAUGCUGUUUGUCCCAAAUUUAGUGGUUUGUGUGCAUUUAGUCUAGUUCUUAAAUAAUAUAGUGAGAAUUUAAUAUUUGUACUGAUGAAAUGAAGGAUGAUUAGCUUGUUAAAAUAAAGAGACUCUUAAAUAUUUAUAAUUGAACUCUGUCCCAAAUAUGAUAUCAUUAGAUAUCAUUCUACAAGGAAUGACUAUAUUCUAUGUAUCCCAUAUCAAUACAUUUAUGUAUGUUAGCUGUAUGAAUCACAAAGGUAUGAAAACAGGAAAGGGAGAUGUAAAUUAAUUUGAAGCAAACAAGAACAAGAUCUAGUCAUUUCAAGAAUCUAAGGCACUGCUAAUGUUAGAAGAGAACUAAGUAAACUAUCAUCCUUAAUGUUGCAUACAUUUUUUUAGUAUUUGUACAUAUAUGCACUGAGGAUGAUGGUAAAGUGGUUAGGUAUGGCAAGUGGCAAGUAGGUAUAUGCACCAGCAGGUAGGGUGGAAUUGUAUUGAUAGGUGUUGGGAAUAGUAUUGAGUGAAAAAGAAUGUACUGGGAAAACAUUCAUCAAAAUGCAUAUAUUACUUUCUCUCUGUGGCAUUCUAGACUCCUCAUACAAAGAAAAAAGCACCACGACAAACACCCAUCUGGAAUCUCCACCUCGUGCAGAAAUGACCAGGUUGGUGAUACUUAUAAACCAGUUAAUAUUGAUCCUGGGUCGUAAUCUUUUCUUUGUGUCUUGUUGCCCUGUUAUAAGACUACCUUUCUUUACCUUAUUUUCCAUGACAGGCCUCAUACAUCUCCACAAAACAAGCUGCAUCCAGAAAAUCCCAGGUAUCUUCCCCAAAUUUGAUCAUAUGCCAACAGCAAUCUUAUGGAAGGCUUAGCAUGGACAGACUGUGGUCAGUAUAUCAGUACCACAGUUAGUGGUGUGCCUCAUAAGAACAGGCGGCAAUCAAUAGAUUUUAUUACAUGAUGCUUGUGUUCUGCAUGGGAAAAUAUCUGUCUUUAAUACAUACCAUUAUAUGUGGUCAAUUUUCAUAGUCAUCACAUAACAGUAUAUAAUAACCCUAUUUAUGAACAUAGUAUAUUCACACAGGGCUAUUUUGUUAAAGAAAUGAUUUAUCUGUUGAUCCUUUGCUACAAAUUGGUGGAUAUAAAAAUAUUGUACGCCUUAUUUUACAAUACUCCUCAGAAGUACAAAGAUUGUAACAUAAAGACAUGCUAAUAUGUUACUUAAGGGUAUUUGUAACAAAUCUACUGGCAUUUUUGGUAAUGUUCAUUUUCAAGCAGAAUACAACAAUCUCUCAAAGGGAAUAAAAGGCUGAAAAUAGUAUGAAAUAAUUUGAGCAUCAGGUUUUUUCACGAACAUCGUCCUGCUGGAUGCUCUUUAAGAUCUUUUCACAUUUUUAUCCUUGCCGACUCCUAUAACAUUUUUGUGAAAAGGAGGUUUUGCCAUUUACAGUUUGUCUGCACAAGGAUGACUGAAUUGAGCUCCUUCUGAGAAAUAGUUUGUCAGACAGAUAAAAAUCAGCACUGGAGACGUGUUCUUUAUUUUAAUAGGUUUAGUUUUGUAUUGCAAUGCAAAAUGAAGUUGGUUCACCUUGAAUGUCAUUAACAAGUUGGUUUGUUUUCAUUUUGUGCAAAUAAAUUGACUUUAAGCCAAAAGGAAGUAAAUUGGUCAAUAUUGUAAUAUGCCCAGCCUUUAGUAAGUAACAUUUCCAUGGCUCUGUUAUUGCAGGUGAUGUGUGAAAUAACACAAAAUGAUUAGUUAUUGUUUACUUUGGGUUGCUAGAACAAACAAACAUUAAAGGAACACUAUAGGGUCAGGAACGCAAACUUGUAUUCUUGACCCUAUAUUGUUAAAACCACCAUCUAGCCCUAUGUCCCCCCUUGCCUCCUUAAAUAUAGUAAAACCUCACUUGUAUUCAGGUGCUGCCUCUGCCUCUGUCCUGUUUGCUGACAUCAUCAGAAGUGGUCGCAGUCAAUCCCAAUGCUUCCCAAUAGGAUUGGCUGAGACUGUCAAGUAGGCAGAUCAGGGGCAGAGCUAGCACAAGUCAAACACAGCCCUGCUGAAACAAUGCAUCUCUAUGAGGAAAGUUCAGUGUCUCCAUGCAGAGGGUGGAGACACUGAAGGGUAGUGCAGCACUGCCCCUGGAAGCCCCUCUAGUAGCCAUCUGAGGAGUCUCCAGUGGAGUAAUCAUUAGACUGUAAUGUAAACAAAUUGGCAUGCUGGGACAUCACAGCAGUAUUUCCUCUGUUCCAUGAUCCCCAUUUCCUCCCCCAUAAAUAUAAAUCAGAAAGCAAGACCUACCUGAGGUGGAGCAUACCUUAAUAUGGCUGCUCCUUUUAUUCUGUGGCAUUUAUGUGUGUGGGCAUGCUGAAACGCAGCAGGCGUCAUCUUGGCUUAGGCCCGCACACAUGUGUUUCUUUUUAACCCCUGCAAUUACAUUCCGUGUAUAAGACGACCCCAAAUUUUAGACUUAAAAAAAUUAGAAAAAACAUAGUCUUAUACAUGGAAAUAUACCAGAAUAGGGAGCCAGGGCCGGACUGGCCCCCCGGGAUACCGGGAAAUUUACGCGGCACCUGGGGGCUGCCACAUAGGUGCCACCGGGUGGCUGGUCCGGUGGCACUCAGAGGGGGACGGCCGCGUUCCAGGCUGGAGCCGCCGGGCCGGGUGGCAGCUUCGCCGGUCCGGUGGCACUCCUAUCACUGAUGAUGCCGAUGGCUGAAGGAGGAGUAUGUCUACCAUGCUCCCUCGCGGUUCCUGUGCUGGGGAUUGUGGGAACUGCGAGGGAGCAUGGUAGACAUGCUCCUCCUCCUUCAGCCAUCAGCAACAGCAGUGCCGCUGGACCGGCGAGGCUGCCACCUGGCCCGGCGGCUCCAGCCUGGAACGCGGCCGGCCCCCCUGACUCCUCUAGGUAAGUGGGGGGGGGGAAUAAAACAGAGAGGGGGAAUAAAGAGAUGCUGGCGGGAGAGACACAGGGAAAGGGGGGAGGAAGAGAGAAGGAGGGGGAGGAAAGAGAGAUGGGGAGGAGGGAGAGACACGGGGAAAGGGGGGAGGAAGAGAGAUGGGGAGGAGAGAGAGACACGGAAAGGGGGAGGAAGAGAGAUGGGGAGGAGGGAGAGACACAGGGAAAGGGGGGAGGAAGAGAGAUGGGGAGGAGGGAGAGACAAAGAGGAAGAAAUAAGAGAGACACACAAGGGGAGGGGGAGAAAGAGGCAGAGGGGGAAGAGAGAGACAAAGAGGGAGAAAUGAGAGACACACACAAGGGGAGGGGGAGAAAGAGGCAGAGGGGGAAGAGAGAGACUGGGAAGGAAAGGGGAGACAUUGACACAGAGGAGCAGUGAGGGGGAAAGAGAAACAUACAGAGUGACUGGGGGAGACAAAAAGGCACACAGAGGGGCUGGAGAUAAAGAGACACACAUAGGGGCAGUAUAUAUCACUGGUGGAUGGGGGGCAACAGGGAAAUCCCCCCCCCCACAAGGCUUUCCCCUGCCGGCCCAUCUUCCUCCCCGUUCCGCAGGCACCGUGCGGGCAGCUGGCAGGGGAGGAAGAGAGGACCCGGGGCAACGCUCCGGCUCUCACGAAGGUGAACUCUUGCACUGGAGCUAUGGUCUAGAGUUAACUCUCACCACUUCCUGGUGGUCGCAGUAGUGAGAGUGAACUCUAGCCCCAUACACACACUGCCCUCACACACACACCAUACACAUUCACACACUGCCCCCACACACACACCAUACACAUUCACACACUGCCCCCACACACCCACACACUCAACCUUUUACACACAUUGCACCACUCACACAUUGCACCACGUCUCCUAUACCCUACUACAGCCCCAUAUCCCAGCAGACUCCAAGUAAGUUGUCAAACUGUUCUUAAACGGUUUGACUACUUACUCUGGGAGGGGGUCCCGACACUCCUGGCACAAUAACCACUACACAGAUGAGUAGUGGUUAUUGUGCAUGGGAUAUUUAUUUAAAUAAUCUACAAGUGCCCCUCCCGGUAUCAGGCUCUGGAUCCGCCACUGGUAUAUGACAUGUAUAUUAAUGUGUGUAUUAGUUAUAUAUAUUAUGCCUAUUAUAUUUACACAUAUUAAUGUACAUUUAUAUAUGCAUAAUGCACAGAGAAAUGUCAUUAAUAUGUACCAUAUGUAAUGAGCAGAUAUUGGCCCAGUCUUGUUGCUAGGUGCAUACUCCAGCACAAUAACAUAUUUAAAGUGAAGAGCACACCCACAGGACUUCAAAAUAAACAUUUUUUACAGUUGUGCCCUACAUACAUUCACCAUUUCAGUCCCAUUAACAAGCUUUCCUUAAUAUGUCAAGGUAGUUGGACUGAAACAUUGAUUACAUGCAAAGGCACGUCUGCUUAAAAUAAAUCUGCACUUUUGUUCAUUUUGAAGCCUAUGAGUGCUCUUUUUACGUUGGAGUACUUUUUAAUUUUACGUUAUCUGUUCUAACUCUGCAUCUGCACACUAUGCUGGCGCGACGCAUUAUGGGGCUGGUAAAUAUUUUUUUUCCAGUGCUGCUUUUAAUUCCCAGUUCCCAUGUAGGGAGCUAUUUGCUAAACACAACUCCCUCCAUAAAUUGGUACCCUUAAAGGGACACUAUAGUCACCAGAACCACCACGGCUUAAUGAAUUGAUUCUGAUGUCUAUAGUCUGUCCCUGCAGGCUCAGCAAUGUAAACAUUGCAUUUCCUGAGAAAAGGCAGUGUUAACACCGCUGCUUAGGGCCACCACUAGUGACUGUCAAUGUUUACAUGAUUAUAGAAGGGUCCUGAAUAAGGUACCCUCCCUCUCUAGAAAUCCCCUGGCACAACUGAAACUCAUAAUUUAAGCAAAGUAGAUUUCAUUUGUGAAUCUUACUGUAUCUCAUACUACUGUAUAUGGCCAGUUAAAUUGUAUUUGAUAGCUGAGACAGUAACACAAAAGUUUAUACAUUAGCUCGAAAGCUUGUAUCCCAUCUGCCAGCCUGAAAUUUUGUUUUGUUGUUUACAGUUGCAUUAUAGACUUUUUUGUUUUAUAUUGUGAGCCUUGUUUUCAUGUGCAACAGAUGAGGACUUCUAGGCAUCACAUUUUUUACAGUUUUAUUUGUUUAUUUUAUAGCAGUUUGGGAAUGCUUCCUUUACUUUCCUAACAUUAACUAGCGGUGGACAUACGCAGAUAUGAAUGUGGGAAAACAUAUGGUGUCAGACACCAUAAAACCUCUUUUGCACUAGCAGGCCAUUAAGACAAUGGGAAAUAAUUCACUCAAAGCAUUAGAAUCUCCUUUCUGAGAUUGCAGUCCUGUUAUUGACAUGGAACUGCAACAAAAAACGUAAUGGAGAAAUGAGUUAUCAGUUCGAAGCAUUCAUUUUUGUUAUCAGAAUGCUUUAAAACACACCACAGGUAAUCCACAGACAUUACUGCUAAUCUUGCUUAUACCAUUAUAAUGAAGUGUGCCAAAACUAUUAUAUGUCAUUUAGGAUGAUGUCACUGAACUUCAUUCCUAAUUUCAUUUGCAGUGGAUGCCCUGACAACUUUCUCCAACCAGACAAUAAACCACUCAUCUCUAAGGAUGCAAAACUUAAAAGGUACAAAGAGAAAAGCAGAGAGUAGAUGCAGUAAAUAUAUCAAUGUAAAUGUUUAAUGUAUUACCACAGAAAAUGCCAUGGGCUAAUGGAGGGAUGAGCUUUUAUGAUACAUUCAGCAUGCAGGUUAUCAUACUAAAUAUUGUGAACAGAAUUUGCUAGAAAUACUCUCAUAGUAUUUGGAAACUGACAUUAACCCCUUAAGGACCAAACUUCUGGAAUAAAAGGUAAUCAUGACAUGUCACACAUGUCAUGUGUCCUUAAGGGGUUAAACAUGUAAUUUUAUCAUUUAAAACCACAAAAGCACAACAUUCAAGAAUAUUACAAAUAUAAUGGUAAAACAUGUGUUUUCUCCCUUUCAAAUAGCAUACAUACAUAUUAAAUUGAGAGGUGGGAUCAGUUUACACAAUGUGGAAAAGACAAUCAUCAGCCAAUGGUCGGCAUGUUGACUGUUUGUAACAAUAUUCAGACAGAAAUUGCAUUUUUAUAGCUCACUCAGUAGCAGUAUGAUUAGCACUAGAUGGCUUUUCCAAUGAGCAUACAUUAUUGAUUCAUUGUGAGUAGUAAUAACAGUCUGGUUUAAGAAUAAAAUGCUACAUAGUUUGGUGUAACACACUACAAUAUAAAAGUAUGCAUGCACAGCACGAUGUGUAAGUGUGAUAUAUUGGUAUGGAGUAUGAAUAGUACAUAGGAGCAGUAGGUUUCAUACUUUGAAGCUAUAUGUUUUGCAUAGUGUGUUUGAUAUUCAGGAGCAAUACGUAUGGUGUACUGACACAAUUAGUAUGUAAGUAUGGCACAUAACACAAGUAUAUAUCUUACAGAGUUUUGUUUACAGUGACUCUGUUUUGUAGGAGACAUUCUGCUGAUAUUCAGUCCACACCAAAGAAACAAGAAAGGUGAGCAUAUACAUGAAAAUAAAGCAGUUGCAACUGGUGAGGUUUUAAGAUUGUGGGGUGCCAGUCUCCCGCCUCUUUGCUCUGUAACCAUCAUCUUCUGGCCUCUGUGAUCUGUCCACUUAAAAUAAUUUACUCAAUCGGUAAUAGUAGUACUCAAUACACAUAGCUGCAUACAAUACAGAGUUGUCUUUACAAAACUCAGAGCUAGGUAUAAAGAGACUGAAUUUGGACCGAAAAUUAUGUUUACAAAUAGGCUAAUAAAGAUUUCUACCGUCCACAAAUCAUAAGGAAUUCACUUAUGACGUGGACCAAUACAAUUAAUUUAUACCUAUAUAUACUUACCUCUCCCACGCCUUGUUGCCCUGUUGUGCUUCUAUUAGCCCAAGAGUGCAUUCUAAUUUUGUCUAUUUACUCGAUUCUUCUAAUCUCUGGUAUCCUUUGACCUUUGCUUGUUAUAACGUUGAUACGUAUUUCUCCUGUCCUUGACCUCGGUAUUUUCUCGGACUCCUCUACAGUUAACCCGGCCACUGUAAGGAACGAUAUACGAAUUGUCUAUUUAUUGUGUUAUAGUCUGCACGUUUAGGUUCCACACUGAGCCUGACAUGUACAUAGGAAUAUGCAUAGAAUUUACAUAAGCCAGGCUGGACUCUUACUACAAAGAGUCCCUGAGCACAUCAAUGAAGAUUAUGGGCACUGGGCAGCUGAGCUUACACUAUGCAAUAUGCAAUAGGACGUAUUAACACUAUUAAUGACAGGUGUAUAUAUAUAUAUAUAUAUAUAUAUAUAUAUAUGAUAAUCCUCAUUAACGGGUCCUCUAUCAGAGGCUUUGAAGUCUGAGGCUUUUGCGCAGUAUGUUAGCUAGAAUGGCACUCUUCUGGAUAGAGAACUUAGGAAUCUGCUGAAGCCACUCUCCCAACCUGGAAGUUACUGCCCGAGUGCUUCUUUCACAACUGCGAUUACUACUGCCUUCACUCCCCAUAUCCAUUCUAUCACGUCUUUUAGUCCUGGUAUUUGUCAACCUUCUCAUGUUCCUUCUUCUUGAUACAAUGGUGACUGGGUACUACAACAUCCACUACCGCCUUUCGUUCUUUGUCUAGCAUCACAACGUUAAGUGGGUUGGCCAGUACUUGCUGGUCUGAACAGGUUCCCACAGGAUCUUAUACCUGUCAUUCUAAACUACCCUUUGUGGUAUCUCGCACCUGGGAUUAUUCUGUGCAGAUCCCAGCAGGGUUCACAAUACCAGCAAUUUGGUUGUGCCUCUCAGUGUAUGGUGUCCCUUCUAGCAUCUUGCACCUGGCAACUAUGUGCUGAAUUGUUGUUGCGGCUCCCGGCCCGCCACAUGGCGCAGCCGUGCCUGACCGGCACGACCUCGCCGAUAUUGCGAGCUUACCUGCGAGCCCGCGAGCUGGGAACCGCUCCUCUGCGUCUCCUGGGCGUUGCGCAAAUCAUGACGUCAACGCACACACACGUUCUGGGGUCAGAGGUCACCCUCUGACCAAUCAGAGCCCAGAGAGGGAUAUUUAAAUCCCUAAUUCACUCCAGUUCCUUGCUCUGUCGUGGUUUCCUGUUCCUGGUUCCCGAGAGUGCGUUUAUCUUUGUGAAUCUGACUUCCUGGUAUCUGAUCUUGGCUUUUCCCUGGUUUUUCCGAAUUCUGGUUCCCCUGACUUGGCUUGUUUAAAUGGUAUCUGAGUAUUUCUGGCUUCCUUGACCUCGGCUUUCCCUUUGACCAUUCUCUAUCUCUAGCGUAUUAGUCCGGCCAUUCUAAGGUCCGGUUUACGCUCUGUCCUUUUAUUUCCUUUCCUUUUAUAUGUAUAUGUUUACAUAGUUUCUGCAUGUUGGACCACACUAGCAGCCGUGACAAUUGUCUAGGAGGCCUAUUUGAAGAGUCUGCACCUUGGAACCUGUCUGUUGUGGUAGACCUCUACUUCUACUUCUACUGAUCUGGUGCUACAAUUUUUGCAGUAUGGCCAGGUACAUUAUCCAGAUGAAAGAAGCCCCUACCAUCAGGGAACACCAUUGCCAUGAAAGGGUGUAUGUGGUUUUCAAAAACCUCUAAGUAUGUUGCUGUAAGAAUAACACAUAAAUAACACAUAAAUGCCAGGACCUAAGGUUUCCAGCAGAACAUUGCCCAGAGCAUACAACUGCUUCCAUCAGACAACCUUCUUCCAGUAGUGCAUUUUGCUGCAAACCUUUCCCUAUUUUUCCUGCUUCCAACCAAUCAAAUUCAAGAACUGACGGUACACUUGCUGCCUAAUAUAUCCCACCCCUUGACAGGUGCCAUUGUACCGAUAUAAUCAAUGUUAUUCAUUUCACCUGUCAGUGGUAUUAAUGUUGUGACUGAUCAGUGUAUUUACAAAUACUGAGGUUAAGUACAUCCCGACGUUAAAGCGUGUUAUGCUGUCAUACAAAUAGAGGGCUUUAGUGCCGUUAGGGAUGUAUACAAUGCCCUAAAGGUUUGACCCUUUCUCCAGCCCAAAUACUUACCCUCUGCUCUGAUCGCGAUCAGGGGUCAUGCCUAACAACCCAGACAGUCCUCUGCACCCAAUCCAGCCAAGCUGAGUAAUGUGAUUGAUGUGAUACCAUGAUCACAUUACUCAGAAUGGCUGGAUUGGCUGCAGGGGAACUGCUUGGCUUGUCAUUUAGGUCAUACUGGACUUCUUAAUUUGCAAACUUUAUUUACCAAUGUUCAGUAACUUUACAGUAUCAUCAAUGUUUCAUUCCUCAUCUGGACUUUCAUCAGAAUCCUGUAAAGUUACUGAACAUUUGUGAAUAAAGUUUGCAGAAUAAGAAGUCCAGUAAGUGCCCUUCUUCGAGUGUAUGUAUUGUUAAAAGGUUGGAGGAGCACCUUGGAAAGUAAAACUGAAGAGUGAGUGCAGGGUGGUGUUUUUUGUUUUAUAUAUAUAUACAGUAUAUAUAUAUAAAAAAUUUCAGUCUAAGUGUAUUUUAAAAUUAAAAAUUCAGUUGAUGAUCUUCGCUUUCCUAAAUACCGCUAUGGAUGAUCCUCCACUGAAAUGGAUGUACAUAUAAUUUCUACACUUGUAGUUAUCUCGUAUCUCAGCCCUGCCUCACAAUGUUUUCUAACACUCCUGAAUCUUUAGGAGGUUAUCACUCAGCUCUUCAGUCUCAUCCUCUUCUUCCUCUAAGAGCAACAAAGAGGAGAGGUAAGGUUUUUUUUUUAGGGUUCAGUUAUUAGUAUGCAGGGGUAAAUUAAUUACAACCAAGUCUCUAUCUUUCGUAUUUUCAAGGAGGCAAUCGCUUGGUUCCCCCACUGUGACAACUCCUAAAACACCCAGCAAACCAGUUACUGAUGACAAAGAUGACAGGUAAUAGUAUUGGCUGAUAUGGGAUUGCAUAAUAAUCAACGUGUGAGACAAUUACCUCCGUCCUUAAUGGGUUAACGGGGGAGAAAAAUUAGAACAUUUUACACUUACAUUUGGCAGGAUCCUGGAACUGCUAUUGCUGUGCUCUCUCUCUGGUAUUUCCAAGAUGGCUUCAUUCCCUGGUACAUUUAUGCCACCUGAAAAGAGAGGCUAAUAGCAUGUCUCUAGUCAUGGGUAGCUACCAGCUGGCACUGCUACCUAAAAGACAAUUCAAUGGGAGGCCCCUGCAUUACCUUCUUAACCCCUUAAGGAUACAUGACAUGUGUGACAUGUCAUGAUUCCCUUUUAUUCCAGAAGUUUGGUCCUUAAGGGGUUAAAGGAGACUACACAUUUUCAAAACACGCUGAAACAGGACAAAUUUUAAAUCUGUCCAAUCUUCUGACAUGCCCAGUUGCUCUCAAGAAAGCUUUUCCAGACAGCAUCUGCAGUGAGGAACCCUGCAGAACUAAACCCUAUGACAAAAAAACACAGAUUGUUUUUUACACACAAAUAGGUCAUGACUGAAGUUCCCUAAUCUACUUUUGUCCAUAUUUUUUAGUUUACUGCUUCCACCCAGAAAAAAAUAAAAUAUCUUAGUGAUCCUUAACUACUGCCAGUAAUUUUUUUCAAUGUAAAAACUAGUGGGGCGCUUUCCUAAAUGUCUCUAUGGAUGAUCCUCCACUGAAAGGUAGGUUCAUUUAAUUUGUACACUGCCUCACAAUGUUUUUUCAAAUACUUCUCAAUCUAUAGGAGGUUAUUUUUCAGCUCUCCAGCCCCAGUCUCGUCUUCCUCUAAGACUUUCAGCAACAAAGAGGAGAGGUAAAGGCUCAGUUUUUUUGUUAUUAGUAUGCAAGGGUAAAUUCUUACAACUAAGUCUCUGUCUUUGAUCUUUUUAAGGAGGCAAUCUCUUGGUUCCCCGACUGUGACAAUUCCUAAAACACCCAGCAAACCAACUGACGACAAAGAUGACAGGUAAUAAUUGAAAACAAGAGAAAAUCUCAAUGUAUCUUUCCUGUUAAAAUAUUUUAUAAAUAAAUAAAUAGUACUUCCUGAUAUGGGUUUGCAUAAUCAUCCACAUGUUUGUCAGAGUAGUAAUAUGUUGCAUGUAGAUGAUUGUUUUAUUCUAAAACUAACCUCCUUACUAAACUGUUCUUUGUACAUUCUCUGCCAAUAUUAUUCUCUUUUUUAGGAUACAUUCUCUAAAUUCUCCCAAUCAAGCAGUCCAUAAAGCAAAUGUAAAACCAAGAACUGACACUAGAGAGGAAAGGUGAGAACACCAACUGUUAUAAUUAGAGAAAACCUCCCAGUUCAUAGAGAUGAACAAACCUCCAUAAAACAGUCAUAACUGGGCAGAUUGCUAAUGUUCACAUAAUAGCUUGCUCGCCACUUAAUAACUGAGAAAUAUUUCGGAGGUUGGAUAACUAUUAUUUAUAUACUUUUUUUCUCUCCCGAAUCUACACAACUCUCUGCCUUGAUAAUCUCUUUGCAGGAAACAAACUCUAACUUAUCCAACUCCUGGAGCUAGCAAUCCAUCCAGCAAACCAACAGCAGACCACAAAAAGGAAAGGUAAGAGUGAUAAACUUCAUCAAAAUUAGAAGUGGAAAGUAACAACUGGUGAACCUUACUGAGGAUAAUAAUAUCUGAGUGAAUACAGUAGGAAAGAAGAAACAAAAAAUACAUUGACAGUUAUGGAAUGAGAAGGCUAGAAGAAGAACUAUUUAGUACACUAUGCAGUUAUAUAUAAAAAAAUUUAAACUAAUAAAAUCUGUAUUUAACCCCUUAAGGACCAAACUUCUGGAAUAAAAGGGAAUCAUGACAUGUCACACAUGUCAUGUGCCCUUAAGGGGUUAAACUUUUGAGUGUCAAUAAGUUGAUCUUAUUUAUCAAACACUCUAAACAAUAGGAAUAACUGCUCAGGAGACACGAUUCAAUGUUGCAUUGUCAGCCCAAUCCUAAAGCAAUCACACAGUCAAAAGAGCGUGACUGUAAAGGGUAUUGCUUCCAUUCUGAAUGGCAGCACACUGCUCUGCUUGUUAGAUCCUACUAUCUCAUCCUGGAGAGUGUGAUGAGCUGGCUGCCUGCAAACUAACAAUAAUUAUAUCAUAUAAUUGAAAGCUCUUGCUUAAUAUAUUUAGCCCUUGCUUCUUUUUACGGUGUCCUCAGGUAUAGAUUGUGUCUGUUUUUCACAAUCUUUAAUUAUGGUAUAGUUCCAGUUAAGACACUAUUGAAACAGUGGUAAUAACAGUCAUCUCUCUACAGAUAUAUUUCAAGGUAUUGGUCUGGUUUAACGUGGUACAUAUAUCAAAAUCAAAAACUUCAGUAAAAAUAUCAGUGCCAAGGCAGCAGUCAUGAUGUAUAGCCUCAGUUUCAUGAGGGUACCCCUCCUGUUCAGCCCUCUAUAGCAGGCAAACUCACCCUAGCUUUCUUUAUGUCUAUUCGUUACCUUCCUCUUCCCUCUCUAAUAGGGCAAUCUAAAAUAAAAGUAAAGCGAGGAGAGAGGUAACCAGUUGCUUAUUUCUGGAUACUUUCUUUCUGCUAUAAAUUCGACCUCAAUGAUCCCCCCUUCCCCGAAAGAGACAAAUUACUCCCUUCUCAACCCCCAGCCCAAGAUUUAGGAGACUGCCACACUCCAUUCAUGAUGUUAUCAAAAAGGAAUCUGCCUCUCCAUCCCUAGCUGCAUAUGUUACAAGAUCUCAAGUCACAAGACCACCAAAAUCUGCAAAUCAGUACCAACCUCAGAACCGCAUCUCCAGUAUGUCACAGAUUUUGCCAGUGUUCUGUACCAGCAAGUGAUUUAUUUACAAUUUAGUUCUUGUAUUUUGGUGCUGAGUGUUCCUUGGUGGGCUAGGAGAUGGAUCUUCUCCCAUUUGCGUUCAGUAAAUUUAUAUACUUGCUUUGACUUCACUUUGAUUUCAUACUUUAGUAAAUAACACAGAGUUUUUAAAAUGAAAGACACAUUAAAUCCAUAUACAUCUUGCCUUUUACUGUUCAGAGGCCUAUCUAUUAAAAUACUUCCAACUAAAUUAGUGAAGGGUUGAAAUUGAAGGAUACUGCUAUUUAAGACAAAUGGUCCAGUGACCUGAUUUCUCUUGCAAAUACUGAAACACUUUUGAGGUCAUUGAAGCAACCGAAUGUGGACAAAUUGCAAACCUUAAACACUCUAAGCACAAUAAUAACUUUAUCCUAAUAAAGUGUUUUUUGUGUAUAGAUUAUGCCCCUGAAGUCUCACUGAUCAAUUCUCUAACAUUGGGAGUUAAAUCACUUUCUUUAAACAGUCCUAUAUACACCGCCCCUAUGUAUGUGACUCACACAGUCUCACCUACACACUUCCUCUCUACACAGUUACUGAAAAAGUAGUCUAUUUGUUAACUUCCAUUAUUGCACAGAGUGUUUAAUUUAGAAUUUGUUAACUUCUGAUGUGCUAAUAGCCCGCUAGAGCCUUUUGUGUGUGAGUAUAGUCCAGAGUAGGAGAUAUAUUUUUCCAGAAAGCUGUGUGAGUCACAGACAUUGAUGGUAUGGCUAGGGCUACAUAUAUGUGAUUUAACUAAUAAAUGGCAGAGAAUUUAGUAUCGAAACUGCAGGGACAUGAUCUGUGCACCAGAACUGCUUAAUCAGGCUAACGUUUUAGUACUUAAAUUUUUCUUUUUACGUAAUGGUUAGCUCACAUCUAAUCAAAGAAGAUAUAUAUGGUAUGAUAUGCAUGGUAACAGUGUAAAAGAAACAACAUUUCAUACAGUCUGCUUUGUUACUUUUUAUUACCGUAUCUGAGUCUCCUAAAACCUUUUUUUUUCUGUCAUACUAUCUCUGCAGGCGACACUCUGUUAGUUCUCCCACUAAUACAGCACGCACUACCUCAAGCAAACCAGUCACAGACCACAAAGAGGAGAGGUAAGAGUGUUAGAUCAGGAUAAGAAGUGAAGACUAAAAACUGAUUUUGCUUUGUUGGAGUAAUAAUUUGUUUUUAAAUAAUGGUUGGGAAUAAAUUGCAGAGAAUAGAGCAAACAGCAUAGAAAAGCAGUAAAGUAAAACUAUAGUGCCUGGAGCAUUAUCUAGUAUGAAUAUCCCAGAUGAACAAGAAAAUUUAAGUACCAGUAGUUUGAUCUAACUUUUCAUGCAUUUUAAACUUUGUUAAAAGAAAGACUUAACAGGUAGCUUUUAAAGUGGUCUAAAAAUGAUCUUCACUCAAUAGAGCUGCACACCACAAUGAUUCCUUGAUGGAGUGACAGGGAGCAGGGCAGAGCAGAUCUACUGAUCUCCCUCCUAGCUCAAAAAGUACACAGCUGAAGGUCCAAAACCAGGCAUGGGUCCACACAGGCCCUCCAGGGUGGAGGGGAGCAUUCUUUGAAUGGUACUCAUUUGGGUGUCCUUUGAGAGCUGUAGCCACUGACACAAUAAAAAAGGAGAAAUAGCAAUAUCAGAGAGGGCAGCCAUUUUCCAGUGAGAGCCAGAGGGGUGAUAUUGAUAGAAAUGAAGAGGAUGUGUGUAGCUGUAUAUUUUAGUUUACAGCAGACAGAACUGGCAAUCCAGAGUGCACACUGAACAUCAUAUGACUUCCCCAGCAAAGAGAGUGUAAGGUGCUGGGAACUCCCACAUCCUCUAGAUUGCAAGCUCAUUUUAUAAUAGGUUAUUCCAAGCACCGUGACCAUUAAAGUGUUCUGAAGUGGUAAUGGUGCUUGGAGUCCCUUUUGAGCAGCGUUUCAAUAUAAAAUGCUGUACAUCAGGUUUGCUGUUGAGGUUGUAUGCAUUAUUAUUCAUAUUGGGAGUCUGUCAUCUGCAUGCAAUGCAUGCUGGUCCAGACGAUCUUUGAAGGCACGCCUCACACUCCAUGCUGCCUGAGUCCUCUACUCUGAUCAUCUCCUGGACGUACUUCUCCCAAUUUGCCUAUCCUACCACACUAUUAAAGUAAAUAGUCUGGUAGGUCUAACUAGUCAUUGUAUAUGUAUUAUAUGUUUUGUUAAUGCCAUUUAACAUUGAACAUAUACAUGAGUGCUUGUCCAACUGGGUACCUUUAGUCAAUGCUGGAAAUCUCAUUAUGAAAACUUAUAAGUGUAGUUCUCAAAACCGGAACAGUUUGAAAUAUUGUUAUACCUUUUACUCAUUCUAGCAUACAUUUGCUGAAUUUGUUGGUUAAAUAGUACAAAUAUAGAUUAAGCUUCACUUGAAAAAGUUUUACUUUACAACAUUCCUCCAAUCUCUAAAAUAUUUUCUUGGGGGGCAGGCCAUAUUUUGGUUAUAUGUUGGUUCGACUCAGCCAAACAAAAAACUGAUUCGGGAAAUUAAGAAGAUGAACCAAAAGGUCACAAAAAUGACAAAACAGUGUACUGCUAAGUAUAUAAAUAAUAUUUAUAACAUUUUUCCACCAUAUGUUUCACAGAUCAAAUAUAGGGAAAUACAGGAAGAGCAGUAAAAAAAAAUCUAUAUUUAUCUAUUUUUAAUAUUUUUUUAAUAUAUAAUGCAAAUAUAGAUUUCACUAUAUUGGCAAUUCCUAACUUGAUCUGUGAAUAAAAUUGGUCCCCUAGCCAUCAAUCAUCUUCUUUUUUUUUUUUUGCAUCACUUGCUGAAUACACAUAGCGUGUAUCAGUUGGUUCAUGAUGCAGCUACAUUUCGGACGGAUUUCAAGAAUUCGAUGUACUACAGUUCAUACCAUAACAAAUCUCCAAAUCUAGUGAUCGCUUGCACUGUAUCAGGCUUGCCACUGGUCUUAGUUUAACCUUCUCUCACCAUUCCUGCAGGAGACACUCUCUUGGGUCCCCCAGUCAUGGAGCUCGGAACGGAUCUAGCAAAACAGUAAAUUACACCAAAGAGGACAGGUAA